AUGAAAAUGAGAACUCUAUUGACUAUUAUUUAUAUAUAUUAUCCACUCCUUCACCUGCUACUCAUUAUUUCAAAAUGGGCGGUGUAUGGAAAGGAGAAAAAGGAGCAAAUCAAGCGUUUCGCUGAGUCUUAUUUAAAGGACUGUAUCAAUGACGCUACGAACCCCCCUCCAUAUUUGACCACUAAGUUUGCUGAAGUGUUUGUGGAGCUAAUGAAGCGAUCGUGGCCUCAAUACUGGCCCAAAGCCUAUGAGCUGAUUAAGCAGGCGAUGCGGUCCAGUAUUAGGCAGUUCCAGACCGGAGAGAUGAUUUUCACAAUUCUUCUGCAAGAAAUUAGCGACAAGGAGGAGAACAGUCGUCUGUCGAUCGAGCGUCGGAAGGACUUGAUCCAGCAAUUCAACUACAACGGCGAUGACUUCAUCAAAUUCAUUCUGUUCACGCUCGACAGCUACAUCAAGAAGAUGGCAGACAGCGAGCAGCAGAAGUACCUCAUCCAAAACACGAUCGAUUUGUUCACUGCUAUGAUUCCUUGCAUCCCUGAGAAGAUGAUUCGGAGCAACAUUGACAGCAUUUACAUGAUGAUGGAUCCGGUCUCCACGGAUCGCGACGUCUUCCAGCACGUCGUGAACUUUUUGUGCAGCUUGGCCGGCGUUCAAUACACGGCAAACAACCGGGACUUCGCAAUCAGCGUGCUGAAGCGCCUCCUGGAAGUGUCCAAGAUCCUCCCCAACUUCUUCGAUCAGAUGGGCGAUGCAGACCUCUACAAGCAGUUCUACUAG